AUGCUCAACUCCCCAAAUAUCAAUCUGGAUGAGUAUGAGGUCUCUUCCGAGAAUGGCUUCCUUCCAUCCACCCUUCCUCUCUUCAUCCUCCCCAGUAACUACUAUAAGCCUUGGGAACGCCUCGCUCAUCACCUACCCGCUCUACUUCAAAGUGGUCAGAUAAGAUCCAAGGUAGAUGAUCUUCCUCUUUUGACAACAGAUUGUCUACAAACCGAGCCAGAAUGGCGACGUGCAUACUCUAUCCUUGGAUUCAUCACGCACGCCUAUAUCUGGGGCGGCUCGUCACCCGAAGAUAACCUUCCUACAUGUCUCUCAAAGCCCUUCAUCGAGAUCUCAGAGCACCUAGGACUCCCACCUUGUGCAACCUACGCAGGUCUAGCACUAUGGAACUACACUGCGGCUCCUGGCGCAGAUAUCACGGACCCAGACAAUCUGUGUACACUGACUUCCUUCACUGGAACCACCGAUGAAGAAUGGUUCAUCGUGAUCUCGGUUGCAAUCGAAGCAAAGGGCGGCAAGCUCUUAACACUGAUGCUAGAUGCAGUUGCUGCAGCAACAGCCAAGGAGCCAGAGCUAUUGGCUGCGCUACUCUGCCAAUUUACGGAACGCUUACAGGAUUUCAACAAUACCCUGAAACGCAUGAAUGAACGAUGCACUCCCGAGGUGUUCUUCCAUCAAAUUCGCCCCUUGUUGGCUGGAAGUAAGGGCAUGGCAAGCGCUGGUUUAGCUUAUGGCGUGUUCUACAAUGAUGGAAACAAUUCUGGAGAGUGGCGCCAAUACAGUGGAGGAAGUAACGCGCAGAGUUCUUUGAUUCAGACCUUUGAUAUCUUCUUGGGUGUGAAUCACUCUGCAACUGGCGGAAUAAGUGGUCCUACUGGAUACCUUAUGGAUAUGAGAACCUACAUGCCCGCCCCACACCGAAACUUCCUUGGGGCAUUCGACGAUGUUUCAAACAUCCGCUCGUAUGUGAUUUCGGAGUCCUCUCACGCAGGACCUACACUGAAGGAGGCCUUUAACGCGGCCUGUAUGAUGCUGAGCGAGUUUCGAGACACCCAUUUGCAAAUUGUAACUCGUUACAUCCACGUCCCGGCUCGUCGAGGGAUCCCAAAGGACGAGGGGGGCAGCGAGAGAGUCAAUCUCGCAUCGGCCAGUGCGCAGGUAGAGGGUCUAGAUGAGGAGACUCCCUCGGGACUGUAUGGAACUGGGGGUACGAGUCUGAUUCCUUUCCUGAGGCAGACCAGAGAUGCCACCAAGGACGCUACCUGCUAA